AUGGACAGCGACUACGUCACUAGCCUACUGAUGGGUGCCGCCGCCUCUGCUCCGGGGCUCGACUUUGGCACGCUGGACGGCGGUCACAGUGCACCUGCUAGUGUCGUGACUCUGUCCGGGCUGCUCAACUUCAUCGACGGGCUGUGGUCGACCAGCGGCGAGGAGCGCAUCAUCGUCUUCACCACCAACUACAAGGAACGCCUGGACCCGGCGCUCCUGCGGCCGGGCCGCAUGCAUGGACAUGCACGUCUACAUGGGCUACUGCUGCUGGGACGCCUUCAAGACGCUGGCCCGCAACUACUUCCUCAUCGACGACCACCCGAUGCUCCCGGAGAUACAGAGGAGCGGCUGUCGGAGGUGGAGGUGACACCGGCCGCGGUGUCGGCGAUGCUGCUGCGGAGCGAGGACGCCGACGUCGCACUCCGGGGGCUCACCGAGUUACUCAAAGAGAAGAAGCAGACGAUGCGUGAAGGGAACUAG